UUUGUGUUUAUUCAGUUCUGCGAUGAUCCCUGAAGUGUCCAUUCUGACCGGAGAAAGAUAAAUCGAGCUUAACAUAAUCAAUCAAUCAAUCGAUCAAUGAAUUGUCCUUGUUGAUGAAGUGUCCAGACUGUCUGGAAAAAGAUGAAUGGAGCUGAAGAUAAUCGAUCAGUCAACCAAUCAGUGAAUCGAGACAGUUGCACGUGCAUAAACAACAUCAGGAUGUGUGGUAUGGCGGUGCUUUUAGAUGACGGCGGAGGUGAUGAAGACUUUGACGUGGGCGACGAGAUCCGGAUGCUGCCGCCUCCUCCGGCUCAGUGUGACGGCGGGGUCUGGGGGCCGCGGCGGGGCCGCUGCGGGUGUGUGCUGUGGACGCUGGUCCUGCUGCUGUGGAACGUCCUGCUGCUGCUGCUGUGUGUGGGGCUGAUGGCCCUGGUGUUCAGCCUGAUUCUGCUGCCCGCCGCCCUGCUGCUGUACGCCGGCUUCCUGUGCCACUCGCGGGUGGUGGCGUCGCCAGCCCCUCUCUGCCAAUACCUUGACGACAACAGUUGCUCCGCCCUCAUCAUCCUGGGCUUUGUCAUGAUGUCACCGCUCGUCGUGGUUGCUGCGGCGACGUUCUGCGCUCUUCUCAGGCGGCUCCACCUACUUUUGUAUUUUCAGCCAAUCGCAGGAGCCCGGUAUCAAGGGCGGGGCUUGGGCUGGAGGCGGGACUUCCACGCCUGGGUUUGACAGACAGCAAUCUCAGGUGACCGUUAUAGGGUCAAAGGGUGAGUGACGGAUAGCGACGGCGUUACACACAUGUAACACGCGUAACACAAUAUAUUGAACCACUAAAACGAGGAUUCUGUGGAGGCUUGUUUCAGCCAAGUUAAUCUUUUCACAUGAUUAAGGAAUCAACAAGAAGUUCAAGUGUUACCGUGAGUUAGUAAAAUUGUUACGCUGUUACACUGUUACAUCUACUUCUUACUUUCAGCACAUGCGGAAAAGUCUGUUUGCGUGCAAAAUAUGGCAAAACAAUCACUCAUACAUGCAUCGCUAUGAAAAAUAUUUAUUUUUUUCUGAAGAUAACCAAUGCGUUACAGAUUUAAGUGUUACCGAAUUGGUGUUACAGUGGUGUACUAGUCUUGAGAUGUUGAUGUUGAUGUUUUUAUUGGUUGGUUAGUUGUGUGAGAUUCAUCUGUGCAGUAAUGUGAAUAAACCAGCUGAAAUCAAA